AUGGACGUCGACUCGGAACCCGAGCGCAGAGGCAGCACCAGCACCGGUACCAGCACCCGCAACACACGCAAGCCGACGAGUCCGCCCGCCGGCGCGCCCACGCCCGCGGCGACGAGACGCUUCCGCUCGGCUUCUCAAGCCGAGGCGGCUCGCACCUCCAACGCAUGCCAGAUUUGCCGGGACAAGAAGGUGAAAUGCUCAGGCCAACGGCCCUGCAAGUACUGUUCCAAGCGGGGGCUCGACUGCACCUUUUCCGCCUCCGAGAAGCGGAAGCUCUACUCCAUCUCGCAGAUCCGUGAGCUCGAGGACAAGGUGGCCUUCUAUGAGCGCCAGGGCCACGAGAGGUCGGCUCUAGGCGCGGCGUCCUCCCCGGCGCCGACAUCGCCCAUGUGGAGGGUGCCCACGGGCGGGCAGAACCCAGAUGCAGACGCGGCUCACAAUGACAUGAACGUCGCGCAAGUUGGCACCGGCCUUGGCGGCAGCGUCGCCACCCCCUCGGUUUCUUCUGGCCUGGGCCAACCUCGGACAGUCAUGUCUCAGCCAGCCUUCUCCCCCACGCUCGAGAGGGUGCGAACUGGGGAAGCCGUGCCCACGUCUACGACGUCGCCUGUGCGGACCGGCAGGGCCAUUGCCCCGGAGUCGGCUCUGUCCUCGAGCGAGACCUUUGGCUCUGAGAUCAAGACGCUGCUUGUGUCCCGCUCGAACCCCGGGUCUACCGUCAGCCCGUCAGCCAGCGCCGUGACCCCGGUCCCCCACAUCGACCGGCGCGGGCUGGAGGCCAUCGGGCCGUGGCCGACCGAGGAGGAGGCCCACGCCAUGCUCGACGUCGUCAUCUUCAACGUCGGCAUAUCCCAGCAGCUCUUUGAUGUCCGCGCCUUCUCGGACAAUCUCUCCGUGCUGUACCACGAGUCCAAUGCGGAGGUCAGGCUGCCGGAGAUCUGGAUCGUGGAAGCGUUGCUGGUCUUUGCUGUCGGUCGACUUCUGCAGGGCAAGGAUGAUGAAAACGGCGAUCUUCCCGGCACAAAUUACUUUCGAGAGGCGGUAAAACGGACACCUCUGCUGAGUGACCUGCGCAAGCACGGUAUUAUAGGGGUUGAGGUCAUGGCUUUGACGGCUCUGUACCUUCAGAUAACGGACCGCAAAGAUGAUGCGUACCUGCAUGUAAGUCGACCCUGGCUGGGUCUAAUCGACGAAGUACUGACGGCCCUGAUCAAGUCGAACACUGCGUUACGGCUAGCUAUCAGCCAUGGCAUGCAUCGUUUCAACAGCAGUCAGCAUCUUCGACGGUCCGAGAACGUCCACAGAAAUAGGCUUUGGUGGUCUAUCUACAUGCAAGAAAGGUAG